ACCGGGUGGUGGCGCGGCUGGGCAGUACCGGGAAUGAUGCGGUUAUAAGUCCUAUACGGCAUCUUGAGUGCAUAGUGAAGCAUUGGGGAGGUUAAUAGUACUUCAUAUCCAGGACUAUCAUCAUCACGCACAGGUUGGCCAACAUGCCUGGAUCUCUUCCAGCCACCGCUCAAGCCACUUGGCCUAAUGAUGUGGGGAUAAUUGCCCUUGAGAUCUACUUCCCAUCCCAAUAUGUUGACCAGACUGAGCUGGAAAAAUUUGAUGGGGUUAGUGCUGGGAAAUAUACCAUAGGUCUUGGCCAGUCCAAGAUGGGCUUCUGUUCAGAUAGAGAAGAUAUCAACUCUCUAUGUCUGACAGUUGUGCAGAGACUGAUGGAGAGGAAUAAUCUCUCCUACGAUUGCAUUGGAAGACUAGAGGUGGGAACAGAAACAAUCAUUGACAAAUCCAAAUCUGUAAAGACUGUUUUGAUGCAGCUUUUUGAAGAUUCUGGAAAUACAGAUGUGGAAGGUAUCGACACUACAAAUGCAUGUUAUGGUGGAACUGCAGCCCUCUUCAAUGCAGUUAACUGGGUGGAAUCAAGCUCAUGGGAUGGACGCUACGCCUUGGUGGUCGCUGGAGACAUAGCUGUGUAUGCCACAGGAAGUGCCAGACCAACUGGUGGAGCAGGAGCUGUUGCCAUGCUUGUGGGACCUAAUGCCACUUUGAUUCUGGAAAGAGGUUUACGGGGAACCCAUAUGCAACAUGCAUAUGACUUCUACAAACCUGAUAUGGUGUCUGAAUAUCCAGUUGUUGAUGGAAGACUGUCCAUAGAAUGCUACCUAAGUGCACUGGAUCGCUGUUACUCUACCUUCCGAAAUAAAAUUCAUGCUCAGUGGCAGAAGGAGGGGAAUGAUGAACCUUUUAAUCUGAAUGACUUUGGCUACAUGAUCUUCCACUCUCCAUAUUGCAAACUUGUCCAGAAAUCUCUUGCACGUUUGUUACUAAAUGAUUUUAUAAAUGAUCCCAACCCAAACACAGAGAGCGGCGUCUAUGAGGGCCUGGACUCUUUCCGGGAUGUAAAAUUAGAAAACACAUACUUUGACAGAGAUGUGGAAAAGGCAUUUCUGAAUGCGAGCUCUGAGCUAUUCAAUGAGAAGACAAAAGCAUCUUUGUUGGUGUCCCGGGAAAAUGGCAAUAUGUACACACCUUCUGUAUACGGGUGUCUUGCCUCUGUGCUUGCACAGUACUCUCCACAGCAGCUGGCAGGACAGAGAAUUGGCGUGUUCUCCUACGGAUCUGGAUUUGCUGCUACUUUGUAUUCUAUAAAAGUUACACAAGAUGCUACACCUGGUUCUUCUCUGGAUAAACUUACCUCCAGCCUCUCCGAUCUCAAAGUGAGACUUGACUCCAGGAAAAAUGUUUCACCCAGCAUCUUUGCAGAAAAUAUGAAGCUGAGGGAAGAAACACACCAUUUAGCUAGCUAUAUUCCCCAAGGAACAGUAGAUGACCUUUUUGCUGGCACAUGGUACUUGGUCCGUGUAGAUGAGAAGCACAGAAGAUACUAUGCCCGCAGCUCCCUGAUGGACGAUUUGCCUCGGGAAGCAGCACUGGAGUCUGUCCGCUUAAGCACAGCUAAUGAGCACAUCCCGAGUCCUGCUAAGAAGGUCCCCAGGCUUCCUGACACAGCAGAAGCCAUUUCAGUUACCAACGGAGAGCACUGAUCGUUCUAUCUCUGAGGACAACGUGAAAUUUCAGAUACUAUUUCAGUCGCUCACUGUAAAAAUUCAUACCGGCGCACACAGUGGUUUGCACCUUUUUUACAUUUGCAGCACUAAGAUACCAAUAGCGGUUAGAGAGCAUUUAUAUAACCUGUAAAUAUAAAAGGCUCUGUGCUCCUGGUUUUGUAUGUCUGCAAAAUAUUACAUAAAAAAAUAAUAAUCUUAGAAUGGGACAGUGAGAUAUAGUGAUCUGGGGGGAAGUAUAAUCACUAUUAAAUAUAAUACAUCUGAUGGAAAUUUAUUGGCAAGUACCUCCAAAUUCAUAAUUAUUUCUUGGUGAUUAUUAUGUGACACAGUUCUCUAAUUAGCAAACUGUAAUGCAGGGCGCAUAUCUAGUCCACGUCAAAGACGUGACGCAGAAACACGUCUGAAUAAUUGUAAAGCACUUUAGAUUCAGAGUGUAUAUUGUGUGGUUAAAUUUUUUUAAUCAUUUUUUUUUCUAAAUAAAUAAUUUGUAAAUUGUUUUGUUUCCCAGACCCCUGUUAGACACACUAUGUACCUUGCGGUAUUUAUUUCUCGCUGUCUUAUUGGUUUCCUAGAAUUGUAAGUUGCGUUGUACAGUUGAUGAAUUAACACUACUUUUUAAGAUCAAACUGGUGCUAAACCUUGGGCAUAAGCCCAACUAGCUUGUAAAAAAUGUAGAAAACUUAUGUAAAUUUUGUUUUUUAAUUUUGUUAUUCAUGCAGUGUAAUUUCUGAAAUUAACAGGAAAAUAAUAUGCAAUUAAGUGUGAUUGACACCUGUAUGAUUCACUCUGGUUUGCAAAGAAUCAGUCCACAGUCCAGUGUUGCUUUUCAUAGCAGCUGCCCAGUCAUAUCUUGGUACACCAAUGUUUUAUUUUCUCUGUACAAUUUAUUGUAUUUUUGUUAAAUAAUUUUGCAGUUUUGUAUAAUAUUUUUUUUUCAUCUGUCAAAAUUUCUUUCCAGUUUUUGUACAUACAUCAUUUUCUGGAUUCUCAAAACAAAUGUACAGAACAGGAAUGUAAUAUGUGCUGAGACAAUUUAUGAUGAAUUGUGAGAUAUUGUAUUGUUAUAAAUAUUGAAGAAAUGGUUUCACUAAUUCCUGUGACGGAAUGAACGUAUAUAUUAACAAAUAGAAAAACUUUGUUUAAAAUAAAGUUUUCAAUAUAA